AUGAAGCAUCAUGACUCAGAAGCACAGAAAUUCACAGAGUCAUCAUCAUCUAAUGGAAGCAGAUUGUUUUUGGGACUUAUCAAAGCCAAGGCAAUGUCCUAUGAUUAUACAGCCAGCAUUGAGUGUUUGGCACAACCUUCCAAACCUCAGUAUGGCGGAGGAAUAAUGAAAAACCCGGAGUUGAAUGGUGGUUUGAUUGGAUGGUCUACAUUUGGGAAUGCCACAAUGGAACACAGACAAGAACCAAAUGGCAAUAAAUUCAUCGUGGCUCGUAGCCGAAACCAUUUUUACGAUAGUGUCUCCCAGAAGCUUUACCUUGAAAAGAACAAGCUCUAUACCUUCUCUGCUUGGAUACAAGUGAAUGAAGGGAAAGCUCCAGUGAAGGCAGUGUUCAGAACAGUUACGGGGUUCACGCAGGCUGGUGCAAUUGUAGCCAAGUCCAAGUGUUGGUCCAUGCUCAAGGGUGGCCUUAGUGUGGAUGCCUCAGGCCCUGCUGAGCUUUACUUUGAGAGCCAUAACACCGAGGUUGAGAUUUGGGUUGAUAGCGUCUCGUUGCAGCCAUUCACCCAAGAAGAGUGGAAGUCUCAUCAAGUUGAAAGCAUUGAGAAGACAAAGAGAAGGCUCAGAAUCCGUGCAAUCGAUGCACAAGGGAACCCCCUGGCCAACUCGAAGAUUUCCAUCCAGCAAAAGGUUUCAGGAAAACCACUUGGUUGUGCUACUAACAAGAACAUCCUCGGUAACAUUGCCUACCAAAACUGGUUCACUUCAAGGUUUACACACACAACCUUCGAGGAUGAAAUGAAGUGGUACAGCAACGAACCAACCCAAGGCAAGGAGGACUAUUCAGUCGCAGAUUCCAUGAUGCAAUUAAUGAAACAACACCAUAUUUCUGUCAGGGGCCACAAUAUUUUCUGGGACGAUCCUAAAUUCCAACCAAGCUGGGUCCCCUCUCUUCAACCAAAGGAUCUUUCAGCAGCAGCCAAUAAAAGGAUUAAUUCAAUAAUGUCAAGAUAUAAGGGUCAAGUAAUCGGCUGGGAUGUUGUCAAUGAGAAUUUGCAUUUUAAUUUCUUCGAAAGUAAGCUUGGGCAAGAUGCUUCUGAUACCUUCUACAAAAUGGCUGGUAAUAUUGAUCCAUCCACAACUCUUUUUAUGAAUGACUACAAUACCAUAGAGGAGAGUGGAGAUCCAGCAUCAACACCGGCUAAGUACCUGUACAAACUGAAAAAUGCUCAAACUUUUCUUGGUGCCAAUGGUAACAAGAUGGCUAUUGGGCUAGAGUCCCAUUUCAGUGUUCCAAACAUCCCCUACAUAAGAUCUUCUCUUGAUACUCUCGCUGCCACAAAAAUGCCUAUUUGGCUAACGGAAGUAGAUGUAAAGAGCAACCCCAAUCAGGCGAUGUACCUAGAGCAAGUUUUGAGGGAGGGUCAUGACCACCCUGGUGUUGCUGGGAUAAUCAUUUGGUCUGCCUGGAAGCCAGAGGGAUGUUACCGGAUGUGUUUGACUGAUAACAAUUUCAAGAACUUGGCAACUGGGGAUGUUGUUGACAAGCUGUUGAAAGAAUGGGGAAUCAUGGCCACCUUAGAAGGCACAACCGAUGCCGGUGGUUUCUUUGAGGCCGCCCUUUCCCACGGAGAAUAUGAAUUGAAAAUCAUUCACCCAGCUGCAACCAAUUCUUCUUUGUCUAAGAGAUUCAAGGUGGAACCUAGAUAUGCCUCUGAGGAAAGCAUGAUGCUUCUCCGAGUUUCUGAAUGA